AUGCAACAGGACGAAUCUACUAGAGGUCACUACUCUGAUCCUCUAACUUCUAGAUUGACUCCUCUGAGACCAGACUUUCUUGAAAACGCGCCCGGCUUUGAGUCAAGAGCACGUUCGCUGUCCCCAAGCAAACGCCUUGUCAAACAACCGCUCCAUAUUCGUAUGAAUCUGACUGAAAGUCAAGUUGACAAGAUCACAGACGCGUUUAGCCAGAACGUGUACAACAGCCCGAAGAAAUCAACAAAGUCUAGGAAGAAGCCUGUGAUGGCAACGCCGAGAUCAACACCACGAAAGAAGAAACAGAGAAGCCCACAAACUCGUGAUUCACACAAGUGGCUCGCAGGAGAUGGCAGUUUUGUGGCAGACUCUCCAACCUUUUCUGAGCUCAUGCCUGGCCGCCGUUCAGACUCUUCCAGAGACAUGUUCUCGGCGAGUAUAGCAGAGCGUCGACAACGCAAUGCGCCCUCUCCAUUGCAACUCGAGACAACUCACCGCAGCGGGGCUUUAUCUCGGUCAUUCGAGAUCGAGGACAACCCAGGUGAAGUCUCUCCUCUUGGCGAAGGGCGUUUUGAGCGUGGUCCAAUCUUUGAAGAUGAUUCUCCUUCGGUCUAUUCUACUCAACCUACAGCUCGUCCCUCCCCACUCCAUCUCAGUCACGUUCGGUCGCAUUCUAAAGUAAAUGGAAAUGGAAACGAUUCUUACAAGGAGUGGCUUAUGAGUCACGACCCGUCUAUGGUUAGAGAAUCAGAAACCCGUACGACGACUCUGGUCAACAGACCCCGACGCUCCAAGAGUUCAGCUGAUGGAUUGAGAAUGGCUCAAGCCAUGGAGCUACACUCGCCGACCGCUCAGGUCGUAACUGUGCAUGCGAACAACCACGGCAAUCAAGUUUCCCAGAACACUCCUCUGUUUUCUCCACUUCAAUUCUAUUUCAGAGGAGCUGACUACCCCAGCACGAAAAAAGGAGAGAAGGAGAUGAUCGGAGACAACGGUUGGCUCGAGCGUACUGAUCGAGGUGUCGUUGAACAUGUGAACAAGACGCCUCAAAAGAAAACUCGGAUACUGGACAGUAUCAAGAAGAUGGCUAGAGAUGUGGCGGAAAUUCAUACUUCUCGCCGAGCUCAACCUAUACUUCGACCUCGUGCACCAUCUCAUAUCGCCAUUUCGUUGAACGCCAGAGAGCAAAGCCUGCUCUACUGCGAACUGGAAUUCAACCUGAGCACAGCUUUGAAUGAUUACAUCGUAGUGCAGCUGGACAAGGGUCGACUUGUGCCAGACAAACUCAAAAAGGUGGCAGAUGCGUGGCAUAGCAAGGGUCGCCCCAAGGUCGUUGGCUUCCGGUACGAUCUCGAGACGCAGCUCGAGCUGAUCAACCUUCACAUUGACGAUUUCCGUUUCUAUGGUCGUCGACAGGCUGACCCGACCGAGAUUGGUGGGCUUUUGCACGCCAUGAAGGUCAACGCCAGAGCCAUAGGCGUCCGCACUCUCUGUCAGCCAGACUCUGUUAUCGCAAAGCAGCUGGUAGAUGCGCAGUCAAUUUUUAAGAUGCUCGGUGUUCUAGAUGAACAGCAGGUCGCUCUUGCUGAGAUUGCUCAGUUCUUCAAAGUGAUUGUUGAGAGGGAACUGGAUAAGCGAGAAGGCAAUGGUGGUCAUGGCAAGCAUUCUCGUGAAGAACGACAAUAG